UAGCUACAUAUAGAAACGUAGCUCUACUUCUGUAUUAUACGGUCGUCACAACGCGUAGAUGGUGAUUAGUCAACGGUGUAUGGACCAUAUACCAAACACAGUAGAUUCAUCGCAACUCGUAGUACAAUCUACACAUCGUAAGCCACUGGAAUAGUCUGCGAUCUUUAUAUUACAUAAAGGUUCAAGGGACUACUGUGUGCUUUUAGAGGGUUAUAAAGCCUGCAAUGCGAGCUUGUACCUUCUAAACUGCAUAUAGUCAAGUGGCCCGAUGUUAGAUCGAUUGCGUAGCUCGGGAAAUGAGCGACGCCUAGAUGAUUAUUCUUCUGAUCCGGUACUCCCGGAUACUGGGGAGCCGGAUGCAUUUUAUCACGACGAUCCGCAGUGUCCGUGUUACGUUUGUACUAACGGCAUGAUGGAAUCGAAAUCAAGUAUGUCUACGGACGAUACUUCCACUGGUGUGGAGUUCGCCGUCCGAUCGUUUUGGCGCCUGGCUAAAACUCAAAAUGAUGUGGAGUCGCCCAUGGAAGGCCACUGCCGUGGGUUUUACUACAAGCUUUUGUUACACCCUCGGGGUACUGCUGGGACUGAUAGUGAAGCAAGUCACUUAUCGGUUUUCGUAGAGGCUUCUGUUCAAGACUGGUAUCCGCAGUAUUGGGUAUUCCCCAACGUACGUUUUGAGUUGACGGUUGUUAAUUUUAAGGACCCAAAGCAAUCGGUUACUUCCUGGGCGCAUUGGAGUUUUUCCAGUGACGCUACAAGCCGUGGUUGGCAGAAGAUGAUUUCCCACAGUAGGCUGACCAAAGCUAGCGGGUUCAUGGAUGAGGAUGGUACCGUAUUAGUUCGAGGUAAGGCAGAGCCGCCGUAUUCCAUGUUAUGGUCCAAUUCUCCUCUGUACCACCCGCAGAUGAUGUGGGAGUACAUCCCUAAUCGUGCUCAACGCGAGCUAUCAGCGGAGAUGCAGUCGGAUAAGAACGGUUCGGGCAAAUGCAAGCGUUUGAUAUCUGUCCAUGACAGCAGUUUAAACAUACCUUCCUAUACGUUCGAGUUCCGUGCUCCAGGUAGUGGUAACUACGGUACUGCAACUCCUGCAGCGCUGCCUAAUGCCCCUCCUGCGGCGAUUUCUGACAAGGAGCGUGAUGGCGACUAUGGGUACUACGUUGACAAUAAGGCUAAUCAAGUGGAUGCCCCUAUGACACCGCCUCAAGCGGAUGCUAAGGAGCCUCCACCGCCAUUACCAAUACAGCCUGAGCCCAUAACCGAUACAAACCAGUCUAUAGAGAACCAGGACUACAUAGAGCCCAAUGCUGAAGAGUCGAUAAUGCGUCUGCAGACUGAUGAGCACCCUACGGUAUCCAACAACACUAUCCUCAGGUUCCUGGACUCCGUGAUACCAGCGUUGCAACCCACUCUGGAUGCUGACCUCUUAGCGCUUAUGACUCACAUUCUAUAUCACUUGCGUGAAUUCAGGAAGCGAGUUCUCAUGUGGAUACCUCCGGAACCCACCGAAGAGGGUGGUAAGAGCGGGAAUGGUAUAAUUCUGGCCUUACAGAAGACAUUUGCGUACAUGCAGUUGUACCCGUUUGCCGCUGCUUGCAUGGCAUAUAAGCACGCAGGCAUCGACCCUCAUCAGCUGUCGAAAUACUACUUGUAUGAAUUGCUCCCCAAGAUGCCGAAUGUCAAGAUGGGCCACAGUGCUUCGGACGGCACGGAUGGUUCUGGGCUAGGUAAUAUUAACGACAGGUCACCUGCUGCCAAGUAUGAAAGUAACUUGCAACCGAAGAAGCAGUCGGUAUCGCGUCAACCUAAAAGCACUGCAGUUCCAUGGAGCCGAGUCCAUAUACCAGCUCCAUUCCCAAAGCCCAGUGAUGUUCCUGGAUAUGACGAUAAUGAUGAGUUUAAGAACCCGCACUGCUGUUACUUUGACGGUGGGCGUUACGAAUGGGAGAUUAAACGCCGCGCCAACCCGGAUGGCAGUACCAGCGAGAGUAUAAUGGACCACUUAUAUACCCCGAGUAACAUUUUUGGGACCAAUGAUGACCAGGUUGGGAGUUACAAGCUCUUGCCGGGUACACUUAGCUACAGCAUCGGGAACCGGGGUGAUGUGUUUGACCAUUUAGUUCCACAGCCACCAAAUAUCAAGUUGUUGCUCAAGUCAAUGCACAUGAGUGACUUGCAGGUCCUAGAAACCCAGGACCAGUUGAUAAACAUACAUACUGAGCUGUUCAGCAUGCUCCUAAUGGACCUGGCUGCCGCCAAGCAUACGAUAAAGCAGCGUCGGUUAAUGGCCAAUGCCAAGGGCAAUUCCGAACCCAGCCCGGAGUACAGUUUGCCGUGGUACUUGAGGGACCAGACUGACCUUGAAGCGACGUGCAAAUCGCUAUUUUCUGGUGCUGGUGAUAAUGAAGGUCUUUUCCACAAUGGUGAAGUUAACGAUAUAGCAAGCAUAUACAUCCGUUGCAAACACUCACACUCACUGCAAAAGGCACUUGAAAACACUACCAAGUCCAUGUCUAAAUUCCCCGAAGUAUUAUUUUUCUACCUAUACCCAGCGAAAAAUGCUAAGAAGGGUGAGCUUUUCGAUAUACCGCUGCGUCUUGACUGCACUAACCUUUGUGAGGGUGCGGCGACACCUGAGGACCAUUUUGACGUCACGGGUCCUCAGAGUCCGCAGAAGAUGGCACCUGCUGGUGACAACACUAGCGACUCCAGGGGCAGCUCCGGCCCUGUAGUUUACUGCGACUACUCCGAUGAGGAAGAGGACGAUGAAGAGGAUGAGCCUGAGGAUAUCCUGAGCGAUGGCUUCGGUAAUUUCGAAGGCGACUGCAAGAAAGGCAAGCACUCGGCCCAUGUUAAGUGGUAUUCUUUAUAUGCCCUCAUUCUUAGGGAGGGUGAUAUACGAUCUGACGGUACUGGUGGCAAUUUCCAUUCUCUACUGCUACGACCUGAAGAAGAUGGUCCUUGGUACCGUAUAGGUGAAGGCCGUGUCGAGAAGCUGUUAACCAAGAUGGACUUCACUGAAUGGAAGUGCCACCGUGAUUUUUUCUGUGCAGCUGCGAUAUAUGUAGCCGAGGAUUACAUCGACAUGUUACAAGUGGGUGAAGUUGACCUUUCUGGUAACAUUAAGAGUUGGAACCCCAAGUUAUUCUAUGACACGCUAGAGGCACUUGGCGUCACUGAGCAGGACCUCUCAAACCCAGUACUUGCCGUCAUGGCUCAGAAACAGAUGGAAUCCAUGGAAUACAGGUCACAGUUAUCUGGUGAAGACAUGGUGACACCCAGUGGCUCCAUUACGCCAACGUAUAUGUCCUCUCGCUCCAGGGUUUACUGCAACACUUCACAGGGCACUGACUCGGAGUCAUCCUCACGGAAACUGUGCGAUACAUCACUAGUACCAGUGAAGCAGGACUCCGAGCUUGAGGACAUUCCUAUCAGCAAAGAGUCGGAUAGUGAUGUGGUACUAGACUACACCAUUGCCAGUUUGGUAUAUAAUCGUAAAAUUGGCCAGCGCCAUCCUAGGUUAGGAUUGAGUUGUGAGUUACAUGGUUACUCCAUGAACGCGUUGAAUACCAUGCAUAAGAGAGAGUUGAACCUAAAGAAAAUUGAGCCCAUCACGGAUAAGGAAUUUUGCAGGCGUCUAAAUCGCGCAGAAACCAUUAAGCCAUUUAUGAAGUGGAUCUUCUAUGCAUCCAAGGAGAACAAUUACCUAUUGAACGAUGUAAAAAACUUGUCAGAAGGCAAGACAUUAAUACGUUUCCUGCAGCAGCGUGAGCGAUUUUUCGAAGAGGAGUUUUGCCACCUCACUGCUGAGAUAAUGCUAAAGGAGGUUGGCGAGCACAUGGCGCUGCACAAGGUCUAUCGCUGGGAUACCGACAAGUCAUGGUGCGGCUGUGAAUGUACCAAGUGCUCGGAACAUUGCCCAGCUCUGCUACUCACCGAUAAGGGUAGAUUUGCUGGUGAGGACCUCAAGGAGGUGCUUAGGGAGCCAUCCACUAUUCUAUUCCGCAAUAUACAGAUUUUGCGCUGCCAUUUGGAGUAUUUCUGCAAGGACUGCUGGAACCUGAGUCGCCAGGACAAGGAUGUACAGCAGGUUUCUGAUAUCAAUGGCUUCAAGGCCACUUCAGAACGCUCGGCAUUGUUCCUAGUGGAAUGCAUCUGGGAUGCAUGCCUGCGGUAUACCCACGACUGCAGGACCUUGUUGUACCUUAAGGCCAUAUCGGACAACCCCGACGCCAUUGCGACCAACCUGGGUUUGCACAAGAUAAAGUCUAGUGCAAUACCAGCGGCAAAGCCUUCUAGCGCAACUACGUCUACCACUGACCAUAGCACUGACCUAUUCGUAUUCGACGGCACGCUUUCGCAGAACAUCGAUGUCCUCGAGGGAGCUUUCGUGGACUGCUACGAUACGAAAUAUGACUUGACCGUGGGCGAGGAGCUGCGCAUUAUGCGUUUCUUCGACGCCAAGUACCAUUUGCCCACAGUGUUCCAAAUGCGCAAGUAUCUCAGGGAGAACCGUGUUCUGGUAUAUGGCUUCGUGCGUCCUCACGAGCUUCUAAGGGCCUACCUGGAGACUUUGUACCCAGGUGAAAACAUCAAGGGCGAGAUAGAAGCCAUGGCCCCGAGUGUAAUUUGGAAUGAGAGUGUUUUUGACCAAAAGGUUAACACAGACAGUUUAUCACCAGAGACAAGGGCGCUCUACGGGAUACGCGAUAGCGCCAGUGACAUUGAGACUAGCUGUGGAUACAUGCUGUGUGAUAUCUAUGAGGAGCUCAUUACUAAAAUGCUAGUCCACGUACAGGAUGCCGAACGAGGGUUGGGCAACCAGGUAUUCGACCACAUGUACACGAGCGCUGAUGUUGCGCGCAUCGUUGAUGCUAUAGAGAAUGAGUGUGCCAAGGCCUCGGCUAGUAACAGUAUGUCCAUUGGUGUUCAUAAUGCCAGUUACCAAUGUACUUGCGAGGCUCUCCAGGUUGAUGCCAAGACUUCACCUGUGCUAUCAAGCAGUUCCUACUUCUCAGAUUUCGGUGUUUCCCGGGGCCCGUUUUCACUUGAUUUCGUGGAUAUUGUACCUAAAGUGGGUCGUUAUACACCUGGGUUAGCGAGUGAUUCAAUGUCGUUGAGUGGCGACCUAAUGUACAUGUCCAAAACAACGGAUCCCAAGCGUAAGACCCGGGCCAAGGAUACCAAGAAGACGCCUGAUACCUGCGCCAGCAUAAUACCGCCAUUUGAUAUCGCCAUACGUGACAUGGUUAUUAACCAGAAAACUGCCCAUUCCGCCUAUCCCAAGCUGUUCCCUGAUAUCAAUGAGGUCAUUAAAUACCCCAAUGGAGCUCACAGCUCGAGUAAUAACGGGGCGAUAGCUACUUUACGCCGUUGGGGAGAGUACAAUUCAUUUUUAUACCAGCAAAACCUGGGAUAUGACUUUAAUGUUGCGGCUGGCUUUGCUGACUUGCUGCGUCUGGAGAACCACGGCCUUAAGGCGUAUCCCAACCCGUUGCUGGAGUCGAGGCGAUACAACGAAACGCAGGCUCUGCGCAUCAAGCAUGCCUUUGAAAUUGGUAUAGUAACUUCCCAUGACCUAUCUGGCUGUGAAGGCUUCGCUUCUGAAGAGAAGUUCGUCCCAACCAAGCGGCUCCUGGUUUACCACGAGUGCGUUGACGAAGAGAGUGGUAAAAAGGUCCCUGUGCGCGUUGAGCAUCUCUAUUGGGGCCUUAGGAGACUAAUGCUGAACAAGAUGAAUGCUGAGAUAGAUAGUGCCUUCGUACAAAGCAGCAAGGCAAAGCGUACCAAGGGCACUACCAAGUGCAUAUGUGGAGGUCCCUGCGACUCUGAGGAGUAUGAAUGUGUCUUGAACUUGCGAUGGAAGCCGUUACCAAGGGAUUGCUUUGUGCUAUAUGCCCUUCGUCCUGAUAAUAACCCAAUUCGCCGUGGCAGGCGCAGGUUUACCUUUAUGCACCCAGAAGCUGAUUUGGCGCAGUACGUCGACAUUUCAAAGCGUAGAGUUAACCCGAAGGCCCCUGAUAUCAUCAUACUCAUUGUUGGUGCACCGGUAUCGCUUUGUGCAGCUCCGCAAACUCCUUUCCCAUUGGUCGACGACAGCGACUACCCACUGCUGUUAUUCAAGUGGAUGUGUUCGGAUUCCGUGGACCUUGUAUGCUAUGGCGCGGUUGUUUGCGACGCCAAGAAGCAGUUGCAACACUAUAUAUUCGAGUGGCUCCUGCCACUGCUCCGUGAGCUUGGUGUGCUGCCAAAGCUAGGUCCAGGUGAAAAGGAGGACAUUGAGCGAUACCAGAUAUUGGAAGAAUGCAGUGUUCGCACGGUACAGAACGUCAGGCGUUGGAGCUGUGCCAUUAGGAAGAUUAACAAACGGACUGGUGAUAUUAUUAUCGCCCAGGUCAAACGGCUUACAGAUUCACCUGCUACUCUUAAAUUCAGGGAGACUACGGAGUUCAUCAACACCAUAAAGGAGCUGGAGGCCCUGGAGUUCCUACCACCAGCGGAGCAAGCGGAUUCACUAGAGCUAGUUCGUAUGGGCUCCGAUCGCAUGGACAGCGUCGAGAAGGCUCCUGACGACACGCAGAAAAUGGCCAAACGAAAGAAGCAGAAGAAGAAAAUGCCGAAAACAGCUAUCCCGAGUAACAAAAAGAGCACCUUUUCGAAAACUAUUGCACCACCGGAAAGCGAUUCCGAUAGUGCCGUUGAGGAGGUAUCUACACCUUUGCAGCCGGAGGUACCGGUAUUACCUGAAUCGCAGAUUGAAGAGCCAAAGACCGACGAGAUGAAAACGCCAGUGGCAGUUACUGAAGGAUCUGAUACUGACUACGAUGAUCGUGGUGAAGAGGUUGCUGAGGACGAAGAGUAUGAGGAGGAGUUUGACGUCACUGCGCUGGUUGACGACGCCCAGGAUAUAGGUGAUACAGCUGUGUCGUACAUAGACCGUUCGUCUAUCGAGUUGAGUGGUCUGGCCAAUGGAUCUAUGCAUGAGUAUCUAUCCCGGAUAGAUGUCAACCAGCUGGGUACCCCUGACGCUGCAAGUGACCUUUGUGUCUAUAUCCAGCGAAUAGUAGAAACUGAGUUCACGGAUACUGAUGACUUCAUUGAGGAGCCCUUGAAGGACCAGGUGGCAGUUACAGUUGGCCCUAGCACCCGGAGUUGCCUCGAUUUAAUGCUGUGCCUAGUCAAGUCAGUUACUGACAAUACACAUCUAUUAACUGGUCUCCACGGGUUGUUGAAUACGUUAUAUGACCAAUCCCCAAUGAAAUCAGCUUGCAUAGCUUGCUAUGUCCUAGUAUCCAUGGGCAACACCACGAUACAGGACCACCUCAACUCAAAGCAGGGCGACGAUCUUGUGGUUUCGUGUGUCAACAUGAUAUCGGAGCAGUGCCUGGAGUACAGUUACUUGCUAUUCACUGAGUGCGACGAAAGGAGUGCUUUGGGUGCUAUGCUUGUUUGUUUAUACAUUUUCUCGGAUAUCAACGAGACCAUUGGGCGUCUGUGUAACGGAAAUGGCGAUUUGCUUUAUCUCAUGAACGUCUAUUACGAUACGUUACAGGAAAUCCCAGAAUUGGAUGAGCGUGACGUAUAUAGUGACUUAGAUUUCCGCAUGGAUGCUUUCCAGCAGUUUGUAGGCUUGGGCAUGUAUAAAACCAACGAGAUCCUGGAGCACGUGAAGCACAAUUCUGAGCUCAUGUCAGGGUUCAUGUCCAGGAAGUCGCCUUACGGCAGGCUGGAGUUAAUAUCCGAGGUCGAGCGCCUGGUACUGCUCCAGUUGAAGAUGUGGUGGAACCGUCGCGAGAUGUACUUUGGGUCUAUAAAGACCAGGGUACAGAAUGGAUACGUAGAGUUUGUUCUUGCGAGAGGUGAUUGCCAGGCAUUGCGCCAGGCGCAUUCUGACCAUAAUGGACCUGUUCCAAUAUCUGAUGUUGAGGUGCGCUAUCUCCAGGGAUGUUGCAGCAGGUACCCCGAUGAACUGGGUAUCAGUAUAGACGAUGGCUUAGUGAGAUUUGGCACUAUCGAUACCGGUGUAUCGCUAGGCCCUGAUGAGGCUUGUGCAGUUAUCGACGCUGCGGUGUCAAUGGCCCAGCUCAUAGAGAGUCGCAACGUGCUUCGUGCGGUGCGAAAUGUCAGCGUUGACCCAGAAGAUGGGAUUACCUUGUUUGGUGACCUUGAUGCGAUGCGUUUGUGGAGUACGCAGACCGCAUUGGUCACAAUGUCGGUGCGUUGCUCUGGUACCUUGGACCACGUGAUGACCUCUGAUAUCGACACUAUCAUACAACACUACUACGCCCGUGCGGUGCGCCAUAUACCGCAUCCGCCCAAAAUGCCACCUCAGCAUAUGCACAUGGUGGGUAACCACGGUUAAAAUUAAAUUAUUAAUUGUGAUUAGCGAUU